AUGCCGGGAAGCCCUAGAAGUCCUAAGUCGCACAAAUGGGGCAAGUUCAGCUUUAGCAUGCCCGGAUCCUCGCGCUCGUCCGCUCACCAGUCGAUCGGUCCCUCGGAAGUCUCCCCUCCUGCUCCAUUCAGCCUUCUCACUGAGCAGACAUCGCUCUAUGCGAGUCCGAACACAACUCAGACGGCUUUGACCGCGUCACUUCCGCUUGGCCCAAAAGUCGACCCUGAUACCGGGACAGCGACUCCGCCUGUACCCAUACAAGGUGGCCUUUCCUGGAGCCAACGUACCAGUCCGAUCUCACCCAGCUCUGGGAUCAAAGGUCGGCGUCCAUCCUUGGAGUCUCCUUCAAGAGAUAGUAGCGGGGAUAGUACCAGUCCUACAGCGGAACGAAGAAAGGGCUCCCUGAACUCAUUGGCGAACAGGAUGCGCAAGGCCAGCAGGAGGUUCCUGGGCAAAAAGAAAGCUGAGUCUGGCGAAUCGCCGCCUUCUGACUUGUCUGCGAAGGAUGCCUUGGGAGACCCUUCGAUCGGAGAUACUUUGGAGGAUAACAGAGAUCCUUCGGAGAUCCCACCGACAACUCGACCUCCAACUCUCCAGCUAUCCAUCCCAGGCUCGCCGCCUACAACAAACUUCCUAAAACAUGCCGGAUCGGUAGGCACGAAAAAUUCGGCUAUGCCUUCGCAAGACAUGGCCUCGAUGAUGGGCGAAUCUUCGUUCUCCGCGGGUGCGAGAACGCAUGAAUUCUCCCGCGAUUCAACCGUGCUUGAGCCCAAUCUGAGGAGAUUUGCGACUUCAAGCGAAGCGGGAUCGGUUCUGCCGGAGGUUCCCCUUGAUGACGAGCUCAAGUGGUUCGAAAACCCGCAUGAUGACCAGUUUCAUCUCGUUCCUCACGAGCCAGCGGUUGCGAAGGUGUAUGACCCAGUCCACCCUGAGGAACCCGAAUCCCCCGCGACGGGGAAGUUCCCUGGGAAGUAUGAACUCUCGAGCGAAGAUAGCGAUGGCGACUAUGGAGGGGACAAGACAGCUCCUCGUUCCCCAGAAAAACACAGACGUCGGGAAGCAUCCGUGGUGGUUCAGCCUCCUGGAAUGAACAGCGCCGACGAGAAUCUUUCCAUCAUCUCGUCAGCCACGGUCGACACAGCUCUUCCUUCGCAAUCAGCGAAUAGACCAGCGCCCGAGGGCGAGUCUCCUAUCUUGGGAAACCGUCCCUCCCCUUUCUGGGGACCAGGUCGAUUCCGGGAGGAGACCUACAAAAACGAAUCAGAUGGCUUCUACAAGACUUGA